AUGCCAGCAUCAGCCCAGAAGAUCCUCAGCCAAAUCCGCCGCUCACUCCGCAACCGAAUGAUGCGCGAUGUCUUCGACGGAUACGUCCGGGACAUCCUAGCCGGCUCCCAACGCGCACCGGAGUCUGCCAGCGCCCUAGUGGAAUUCCUACGAGAUGGUCGUCCCGAGCUCGUUGUUGAGUACAAUCGUUUGGCGCGCCGGCUCAAUCGGGGCAUGAAGCCUAAUGGGAAGGAACGCAGCGCGGUACAUUUCAGAAUCAUUAACGUUCCAGGACGAGACUUGGGCGUUGCGGACCUGAGUGACAUGAGCGACGACGAGCUUGAAGAGCUUAACGCCGAGGUUACGCGGGACAUUGGACUCGUAGAUGCGUCACACCCGGCGUGUGCGAUGUUUUCGGAUGCGCAAAUGGGUCAGGCAAUUGUUGGACAAACCGAUGAAGCCGCAAAGCAACCAGUGCUUGCUGAUGCCAUAUAUCCGAGCCCCUCCUCUGGUCUCGCGUCACCCAUGUCAGCGCCUGCCCCGAGCGAGAUGCAAGAGACGUUGACUCUACCUCUUCGAUCGCCCCCCGGAAACGUUGAUAUCGAGCCACAAUCUCAGCGCCGCGCAGAGCAAGAGCCGUCGCCCGCUCGUACUCCGUCCGUGGCACCCGAAGAGGCGAAAACAUCCUCCGAUAUCACUAGGGCUGAACCACAUGAACGAGACGAAGAGAAUGGAGACACCGCGGAUUCUGAAUCGUUUGGUGGAGGAACCUGGGAGGACGGGCUCCAGGCAAUUGAGGACUUUGAUUGGAGCAGACCGGUAGACCCACCGCCCGCGUAUGUGCAGAGCUACGCGUACUGGCGGGCGCGUGGAUUGCCAGGCUAG